AUGAUUACUCCAGGAGUACUACAAGUACCGCACGUACCAUUUCGAGACUCACCAGUCGUUUUGAUGAUGUUGAAAGAGCGUGAUAACGCGUCGUCUCCUUGCUCGAGCUUAGGUGGUUCCUCUGGGAUUGAAGCUUCGUCUUGUGCGGGAUGCGGAGAGCGGAUCCACGAUAGGUACUACCUCUUGGCCGUUGACAGACAGUGGCAUGCGUCAUGUUUGAAAUGUUGCGAAUGCAAGCUGCCUCUGGAUUCAGAUUUGACGUGCUUUGCGCGCGACGGGAAUAUUUAUUGUAAAGAAGAUUAUUACAGAAUGUUUGCAGUCACAAGGUGCGGUAGAUGUCAUGCUGGCAUAUCGGCGAACGAAUUAGUAAUGAGAGCACGGGAUCUGGUCUAUCAUCUUCACUGUUUUUCAUGCGUUUCUUGCGGUGUACCAUUAUCGAAAGGUGACCACUUUGGCAUGCGGGAAGGCCUUAUAUAUUGCAGGCCGCAUUACGAAAUACUGGACUUCUGUGAUCCCCACGAUCCCAUGGACGUCAUGUAUAAUGGCGGAGGAUCUCCCGGAUAUUAUCCAGCAAGCACCCCACCACAACAUACCAAAGGGAGACCAAGGAAGAAGAGGAUAAUCACCGAAGACGAAACGUCAUGUGGAGAAAUGCCUGUAUGGUUUCAAAACGCCAGAGCAAAAUGGAGACGAAACCUGAUGCGCCAAGAGGGUUCGAAUAACAACAACAACGGCCAAACUCAGUGCCCCAAUGGUCCACCGUCGGCAGGCUCGGGAAUCGUCGACUCCAGCAGCCUCUCCCACCAAACCUUAGAUGAAUUGCACCACCACAUACAUUCCCAAAAUUCACAAACUUUGAGCUUUAGUGAUAUUUAUUAG